AUGUUCAAUCAAUACCAGGCCCAAGGCAAUGGCUUGAACCAACAGCCCACUGGUAUAUACCCUGGAAAUGGUCAACAGCAGCCUCAACUAAAUCAGCGGCCCACCACUGAAUUUGGCAAUUAUCAACAGAAUGUACCCAAUACGUUUGAUAUUCAACAGCAGCAGCAACAGCAAAGACCUUCUUUCCCCAAUCCUGGACCUUCAUUUGCCAGUUCAAACGGCUUCGGAAGUGUUCAAAACGGGUUUCAAGGAAAUCAAUCGCAAGACCAGAUGAUGGGUUCACAUAACCUGCAGCCUCAACAAACUGGGUUCUUUUCUCAACAGAACUCUCUGCAGCCGCAACAAACUCCACAAACUUCGUUUUUCAAUCAGAGUCAAAAUCCUCCUGCGGCACCUUUGCCCCAGCAGCAACAACCAACUGAAAUGUAUCAACAAAGAUUCGCAAAUCAACAAGCAACUCCGCAAAACUAUCAGCAGACUGGUUUCCCCAAUCAAGCUCCUCAGCCUCAAUCAAGUGGCCUUUUCGCCCAGCAACCGACCCUAUCGAUGCAUCCUCAGGGAUCUGAAUUCUACAGUCAGCAGCAAACUGUCCCGGCUUCUCAACCUCUUCAAACCCAGCAAACCAGUCUUUACCCCCAACCAACGCAGUCUCUUCAACCACAACAAACUGGAUAUUACGCUCAGCAACCAUCAAAACCUCUUCAACCACAGCAAACUGGAUUUUACACCCAAAGUAUUCAAGAGCCUAUUCAACCUUUGAGGCCCACAGCAACGGGCUUUGUCAACUCUUUUGCGAAUAAGGGAGUCAAUGACGACAUCAAGAUUCCAGCCAUGAGACUCUCGUUCAUGACCGCUAACGAUCAAGCAAAGUUCGAGACCUUGUUCAGGUCUUCAGUAGAAAAAGGCUCAAAUACAAUUUCAGGUCAAGCGUGCAGAAGCAUUUUGAUGCGAUCUGGAGUUUCACCUUCUCAGUUGGCCAAGAUCUGGACAUUGUGCGAUACCAGUAAGGCUGGUGAGCUCUUAUUUCCUGAAUUUGCACUUGCUAUGCACCUUGUCAAUGAGGUAAUUCGAGGCGAUAGUGUGCCUUAUGAGUUGAGUACAAAGAUCAAAAAUGAAGUGGCGAGCUUUGUUGACGCGAUAAAUUUCAGUGUGGCAAGUGGCGAGGACAACUCCGCUCCGCUGAAGCCAAAGACUCCGUUCGACGAUCUUACGUCAGGGUUCCAGAACUUGCAACCGCAACCCACCGGUUUCAUGCCACAAACUAGUUUUGGCAUGCCACUACAACCGCAGAAUACUCAAGGAAUGUUGAACCCACAAUCAACUGGCUUCAUGCCCCAAACCUCUUUCAAUCAAGCAUUGCAACAACAACCUACUGGUGGGAAUUUACAAAGUCAGGCAACUGGUGGCUUUCUUCAGCAGCAGAUGACUGGGAACUUACCAGCUCAGUCAACUGGUGGGUACCUCCAGACCCAGUCAACGGGAUUCAUGCCUCAAACGUCAUUCAAUCAACCGCUUCAAUCUCAAAUCACUGGAGGCUUCAGUACCCAACCACAGAUGACUGGAACUGCAAGUCAGGCUGUACCCAUGUUAUCUGGGCAACCAACCGGCCAAUUUCCAAACACGACCUUUAAUAAUACUGCUUUUCUUCAAUCGCAGCCGACAGGCUAUCUACCCCCUUCAAACUUCAACCCAAUUGCGCCGCUCAGUGCUCAAAAGACAGGUUUUGGAAACAAUGAAAUCUACACCCAAUCCAAUUUCGACACCAAAUUUGCAGCAGACGAGUCGGAUGUCAUUACAAAUGAGGAGAAAUCGCUUUUUUACAAGAUUUUUGAUACUUAUGAUACUCAGAAGAAAGGUCUCAUGGGUUCAGGUACAGCUGUGGAAGUCUUUAGGAAGUCCGGUCUGAAUAGAAGUGAUUUGGAACAUAUUUGGAAUCUGUGUGACACUAACAAUAGUGGCCAGCUCAACAAACAAGAGUUCGCCUUGGGGAUGCAUCUUGUUUACAGAAAGCUGAAAGGUAAUGAUCUUCCUAACCGUCUUCCACUCUCCUUAAUUCCUUCGAGUACACAGAUCUUGAAUUCGGUGAAAGAUCAGCUAAAGAGUGACGCUGGUUCCACUAGAAAAGAACCCACCAAAGUUGACGGUUUUUCAUUUAAGCACAAUGAUGAUGAACUUUUACCAAGCUCUAGAAAUCGGAGAAGAACCUACAUAAGUGCUAAAGAAGCGGAAGAAAACAGGACCACAAUUGCUGACUUAAAAAAUUCGCUCAACGAAGAAGAGCUUCAGAGUGAUUUUAGGGCGCCCGGUUCGAUUCGGAGCGAGAGAACGGGUAUUAGUGACCAACAGGCGAUUGAAGACUGGAAGAGGAAGAUCAAGAAUUUGCCACAACCAUCACGCGCUUUGGUGAACCAAUCAAACAAUGGAGAAUCUUUACAGCUGAAAAGUAAGUUUGAUGCUCUUACAAGCCGUGUGCCUCAGCUUUUAGCGGAAAUAUCUGAAGUCAACAAUCAAAUCGCAAUGGCUAAGGUUGAGCUUUAUAGACAAAGAAACCCCUCUUCUCUGGUUGGUUCAGGUCUAAACGGGGAGAUAACUGACGAUGACCGCAGAAAGGCGAGAAGCAAGGCUUUGCUGGCUUCGAGAAUGGCUGCUUUGACAGGUAAAGCAGCUGCAGGCACUGAUGUUGACCAACAAGAGCACAAGUUCAACGAAGAGAUUACUAAAAUCAGAUCUGAGAAUACUACAAACCAAUCGAUCAUUAACGAUAUCCAAUCCUCAAUUUUCGAGAUAGCUGCGUCAGUGAACUCCGCUCUCGAUGGCAAAACAAGCGCUGAUGGACGACAAUACGAGAAGUGGGAACUUGGGAUUGGUGUGGAUCCUCAAGUAAGCUCUUUCAUUUCAGAGUUGAAGCCAAUGCCCUCCGCGCAAAACAUCAAGCCAACGAAAUCCAGUAGUCCAGCCGUAACCUCUACUGUUUCUUCUGCUUCGUCUAAUGUCAAGAAACAGGAUGCACCAUCGACCGGAGGUGAUAGAGCAGCUUUUCUCAAGGAGCAAGCACAAAGAAAAAUGAACGAAAGACUAGCCAAACUUGGGUUGGGAAAGGAAGAUUAUCAGCAAGGUCCAAAAGUGUAUAAACCCGAAGAGCUCAACAGAAACGAAGAAGAUGAAGAGGUGAGAAGGCUCACUGAGCAACUGGAAGCCCUCAAAUCGAAGAAAAAAGCUGAAAAAGUUGACCAGCAACAACCUGUACAAACAAAAGCACCCUCAAGUCAGACACAGGGAAGUCAGCAUCCGAUUAGUGACGUUAAAAUAGAAGCUCGGGUAAGUGGUGACUCUGAGGUUCGUUCUGAAAUCUCACCUGCAAUAGAUUAUCCGCAAAGCGCAUCUAUGGAAAAGGUAUCCGAGCAUCAUAUGGAACAUCAAAGCGCUCCGCAGUUAAGCAGAUCUGAAGCUACGCCCGAAAACAAUACCUCGUCACAGAAGAUCAACGGUAAACACAAUCCUUUUGGAAAGCCUCAUUCACAUUCUACUUCCGCUGUUCAGCCUAUUUCCUCGGCUCCAACAGGAGGAAGAAACCCUUUUUUCAAGGUAACUCCAUCGAGUACAUCAUCGUUCGAUCCAAAGGCGGCCGAGGCUCAGCGGAGAAUUCAGCGAGGCCUGGAUGACAACGAUGACGAUUGGUCUGAAGAUGAUUCACAUGGGGGCUUGCAGUCGAAAAGUGAUGCUCCAGCUCCAGUUGCUCCAGCUCCAGUUGCUCCAGCUCCAAUGGCUCCAGCUCCAGUGGCUCCAGCUCCAGUGGCUCCAGCUCCAGUGGCUCCUGUCUCCCAUAUUGCAAGUAAUUCGCCAAUUCCAAUUGCACCUCCACUACCACAAAUGGGCGGAGACUCGAACGGACCAGAUUAUAAUAAGGCACAAAGCCGCCCAGUAGCUCAACACUUGGAGGAAGAUGGCGAGCGCUCUGAUGACGACUUGUCGAUUCCGGAAUCCGUUGACUCUUUUGAUGAUGAAUAUACCGUACAAGGAGGUUCCGUUGCCCCAUCAGGCAUCCCACCUCCUCCCCCAUUACCUUGA